GAGCAGGGUCGGUACUGGUGCACUGUACUUGUGUUGUAGGCCGAUGGGCCGGCUGGGCGCGGCGCUCGACAGUCGUCAGGGUCCCCUCGCCACCCAGUCGCCGGCCACCAUGACGCCGCGACCGCCCAAGAAACGCUACCUCAUGGAGUACCCGGCCAGGUUCGGGUCGCCAGUGACGGAGAUGUCUCGGCCUCCGACGGAGCGGACGGGUCCUGCGAUCUCCGCGGCGCCCGGCCCGCCGCCGCAACCAGCUCCACCGUCUGCCCACCACCACUCCGCUCCGGCGGCGCACCCUCCGCACCACCCGGCCCACCUGGCUCCCAGAGCGCCGCUGGGCACCGCCAACGGCAGCGUCAACGGCGGCUCCAAGCGGCGCCUCUCGGACGACGCCCAGCCGCUGAACCUGACGUUAGCAGCCACCACGGCGGCGCCGGCGCCCUCUCAGAUCUCCGCGCCGCCCCCGGUACAGGUGUCGGCGCCGGCGACCACCGGGCGCGGCUCGACCCGGCCGCCGCCGGCGCCCCUGCCGUCCGAUCCCGAGACGGAGGUCCAGUUCUCGAGCCUGAUGGACAGGGUGGUAGAGGGCAUGCUGCCGCCGCGCGACCCCGCCGAGACGGAACGGCAGGGCGACCCGCUGCGGCUGUGGUUCACCAACGAGUUCGACUCGCGGCAGCAGCCGGCCGGCCGGGCGCCGCCGCCGCCGCCGCCGCCGCCGCCGAAAGUCUCCAACACAGUGACGGUUCAAAGUGUGACCAGUGUGCCGACCGCGCUGGUCGGUGGACCGCAGAAAACACCGACCAAGCCGCCGCCGCCGCCGGCGGACUCGCGACAUUACGCGCAGGAUAUGGCGAUGGACAUGAGCAAACCGGCGCGCUCACCGGUCGCUCCGGGUAGGGUCAGGCCGGGCCCGGUGGAACAGCGACUCGGUGACACGGCCGCCGCCUCUGCCGCCGUGCACGCGGCCGCGGAACGCACCGGCACCGAGCGGCCAGAUGGGGACGGCGUGGAGGUGAAAAUCGGCAUGUCGGAGGCCAUCAAUCGGGUGAUUGACAGUGUGUACCGGCGCGAUCAGGCGACGGCCGAGCGCGGGAGCCCCGUCCUGGGUCAGUCGCAGCAGUCGACCGCGGAGGAGAGACUCGCAGCUCAGUCGCCGGCGAGAGAGAGCAACAGGGAACGGGCAGAGCGCGGAGCCCCGGCGGACAGGAGCUCCGUGCCCGUCGCCUCCGCUCCUCUCGACGGUGACACCUCGGAGAGGCCACGCUCGGCCGGCCCCACCAUCGGGGGCGGGUCGGCAGACCCCACCGCCAGCCCCGCAGCGCUCAAUCCUGGUUCCAAGAUCGGAGGCGUGGCUUCGCCUCUGAGAAAAGGCAAAAAGCGCUGUCUGCCAGUCGACAUAAACUCAGCCGAGACGCCGCCGGAGACCGAGUCGCCGCUGGGGAAGGACGCGGCGGCGGCCCGGAAACGGAAAGUCGGUAAAGACGAUAUAGUGCGCAUACAAAAAGACGACGUAGAUUCGAAUGGCUCCGACUCGCCCAGUCGGAGUCGAGAUCCGCCCAAACCGCCGAUGUCGGGCCAGUGACCGGCGACCGGCGGCAACUAGCGCCACCUGUGGACGGUGGCGCCAACCAGAACUGAACUGCAGACGCGGGUACAAAUAUAGAGGGCGGGUGUGGCGGCGGGCGCUGGGGGGUCGCUGGCUGAUGACAGCGGUUCUCCCAGCUCAGCUCAGCCCAGCCCUCAUCCCUCUCCGGUGUGCGCGUGCGUGUGCGUGUGCAGUUAUUUAUUGAACACGCGUUGACAAACUGUUAGUUACCGAGUUUUCAUCUGAGCUUCGUGUCUUGCCGGGGUCGAGGAUCUGCCGUAUGUGAUGGGCUCUGUUCAACCGCUGCGACCAUUCUUGUCGUGGAUACCAAGUUUGCGACGCCUUCUCGCAAGAUGGAGUGUCUUUUGCUCAUUUUACUUCAAGAGACGCUUUGGUAAGCGUUUUUAGCUAUGUUGUGUUUACUGUCUUCGAUGUUUUGGACCGUUUUGCUUCUUAGCAGUGAAUCUACCAAUCUUGCCUCGUGUCACGUGAAUAAGCCACCAAUCAUGACAGCUGAACCUGAUUUCGUGUCCUGUACGAAUCCUCGGCCCUGGCGGUUGACAGAGGGAUCUUCAAGUUACACUAUGUCGCAUCGACACUUCAUAUGCAAUCGAUGUGUUCACUGUGACCUGUCUGGCUGUCUUGCUGCGAUCGCGUGUGAAGUGAGAGCGAAACCUAUCCCUUCCCACCAGCGCCGAAUACCCUCCGUGUUCUACCCAACUUUUCCCCCACUCUCUCUGACUGCUCUGCCGUCCAAAGUGAAUGGCGUGCGCAGUUGACACACAGUUGAGGGUACAGCACGUGAGCUAAUGUAUAUGGGUACGGCGCUCGCGCGCUCGUGCGGAGUGGGGGUCGUUGUGCAGUUAUCUCAAGAGUCUCGGUGAGGUCCGGACCCGUGUGCGAACGUAUGGUAUGCUAUGGCCGUGCGGGAUAUGAGUAGAUAUCUUCAAAAUGUGUGUUUUAUGUAAUGUUACUGCCUGUUUUGGAAAUAAACAAAUCAGUGCA